GCCCUCUAAACUACAUAGUCCGUGAAGUAUGUUUAUUACCGACAAUACGAAAUUGGCCGAAGUGGUAGACGAAAAUGGUUAAUUGUCAGGCUCGUUAGUUCAGCAGGCGAUACCUAGCACAUACCUUGCUAGAAAAAUAUUUGUAGAGACUUGAUGGAACAAGAGCAUGGCUUCUGGUGCAUCAUCCUUGGGUAGCACUGGAGGUAGUGAUGGAGCACUGAACAUGGAAAGGGAUAGUGGAGGCUACGUCAGCGUUGGAAAUCCUGUUGGGGGUUCUGAAUGUCGUUCCAAUUAUGAGGGUUUACAAGCUCAUUGUGAUAAAGCAAUGCAUCAGCUUAAGUUACUUAGGCAUAAACACUCCGAUACUGUUAGACGGUGUGAACAUACUAUGAAAGAAUUGGAGUAUUACCGUGGACAACAUAUAGCAGUUAUGAAUCAAUUAGAAGCAACGUCCCAAGAAAGUUCCGCUCUCCGUGGAAAGUAUGGAGAUCUGGUAAAUGACAAGCAGAGACUGGAUAGAGAAGUACAAGUACUACAGAAAGAAGUGUCAGAAUUGAGAUGUCAGAAUCAGGAAGCUCUAGUUCCUGACACCAACAAUGGAGAUGCUAUGAAUCAGCAUUAUUUAUCUGCACUUAGAAGAUAUGAAGCCAUCAAGGAUGAUUAUGACUCGCUAAGAAAGAGAUAUGACGAUUUAAUAACAUCUCACUCAUCUGUUGUUAACAAGUUGGAAUUAUCGCAAGAAGAAGCUGCAAGAUUGAAAAAACAAUAUGAUGAAAUUCUCCAAGAACGUAAUACUGCCGUACGUGAGCGUAAUGGGUUGAAACAGCAAUGUACCGCUGCCAUAAGACAGUGGGACAUUGCUUUAAGGGAAAGGAACGAGUAUAGAGAAGCUCUGGCUAAAAUGCAGCAACAACAUGAAGAAGCAGUCAAAGAAAUUAAUCAAGCCAUGGUGUUACGCAUGAAAACAAGCAAAGAUAUUAAACGGCUUACGGAAGAAAGGAAUGCAGCAUUACAAGAAUAUAGUUUAAUUAUGGGUGAAAGAGACACUGUACACAAAGAAAUGGAAAAACUUGGUGAUGAUCUAAGCCAAUCAUACAAUAAAAUCACGCAUUUAGAAACUCAAAAUAAACAACUUAUUGAGGAGAAAAAGACAUUGUCUUAUCAGAUAGAAACCUUAAGGAGAGAAAUAUCAUCAGCACUUCAAGACAGGGACGAAUCUUUAAAGCAGUGUAAUGAAUUACGUCAAAAGUUCGGUGAUUAUUCCGAAGGUGCGAACAGAGACUACAAAAAUCGUUUGGAAUUGCAUUCUUAUAACCGAGAACGAGACAGUGUGAACAAAGAAGCUGAACGUGAAACAGAUAAUGGGGAUGCUAAGGGGGAGAAAGAACGUAUGGACAAUAUAGACCAAGCUAAUUUAGAAUUAGACAAGCUUAGAAAAUCAGUUGACACGUUGCAAACCGAACUCGAGGAAGCUAUACAAGAAGCAGAAGUAUCCAAACGAAGGAGAGAUUGGGCAUUUAGUGAGAGAGACAAAAUAGUACUAGAAAGAGAAAGUAUAAGAACAUUGUGCGAUAGGUUAAGGAAGGAACGUGAUCGUGCUGUCUCUGAAUUGGCGGGUGCUUUGCGUGAUUCUGAUGAUAUAAAAAAACAACGAAACGAAGCUUCAAGAGAGCUGAAAGAUUUAAAGGAGAAGAUAGAGUCUGGCGACGCAUUAAGGGCAAGUGUCUUUGGACAAGGUAUUGCGCAUGGCCACGACACGACUAUCGAUACGGAAGCCAACGAGUGGGAAGUACUUACUAUUCACAUGGAUUUGAGCAGACUCGUGGAUACCGAUCGUGAUCUGGGUGUAAGGUUAGUGGGAGGACGCGACGAUCCAUAUUAUCCUGAUGAUACAGGUGUUUACGUAGCACAAGUGACACAAGGGAGUACAGCUGAUGGCAAAUUAAAAGUAAACGAUUGCAUCAUACGUGUUAACAACCUUGAUUGUGCUUCAGUAUCUUCAAGAAUGAUUUUAGAAACGCUACGUUCUUGUGCCGUAAGUCCAACCACAUUGACUAUAAGAAGACGAAGAUUAGCUGGAAGAUCGUUGAGGACUAUACAGCUUCCUGUUGGCUCUAUUCCACAUGGCAUUGCUUUAGAGCUUGGUAUUUAUAUAUCAAAAAUAUCACCUGGCAGUUCAGCUGCCAAAGAUGGACAUUUAGCAGUUGGUGACAGAGUUUUAAAUAUCAAUAGCAAACCAAUGGAUGGAAUAAAUUCGGCACACGAAGCAAUGUCGAUCUUGAACGACAAUACAACAGAUGUAUUAACGAUCACAACGCUAAAAGGUAUUUCUUUACCUUCUGCUACUAGUUCCGAAACAAUGCCGAUCAGUGGCAGUUUUACAACGGAGAAGCAAAAGAUGGUAAACAAUUUUUCGCAAACUGAACAUGAAAGAUUGAUGUUGAAAACAACAUCAGACGAUUCUGAUAGAAGAUACAUUUGCUCGAACUUUGGAGACAGAAGUGUUUAUAAAGUUUCGAAGUCUGUUAGCGGGGAAAAGCAAAGUGGAAUCAGUAAUGCUUGGGAUAAUAUAAGAGAAAAAAUCGAUUUCGUGAGAGGUCGAAAACCUAGUAAGGAUCGAGAUGAUAAGAAGAAGAGGCAUCCCAACUCCAGUCCAAAUACGUUUGAACAGGAACAGGAUGCAAUAGCGGAGCUCGAUUCAGUUAUUGAGAGUUAUCACAAGAAAACUAAUAACGGUGUACUGAAAAGAAGUAAACGACGUGGAACAGAAAAAAUGGAGAAAAACGGUGGUACAUGGCCCAAGGCUAGAGGUGGUCCAUUGAUACAAAAUGGUACUGGUACGAUAUUACACCCACGAAAAACGAAGGAAAGGCUACCACUGAGCGUACUUCUAAAUCAUCCACCAAAGUAUGAUAGUUACAACUAUAAUCGUAUUUCCAACCCUAUCCCUCUAGCUAAUUUCUCUAAUGUCAGUAAUCGACAUACUGUUUAUAAAGCGGUAGAAACACCAUUACCAAAUUUCAGCAAAUCGGGACAACUCUUUGGUCAGAAGUCCUUCACGCCAGCAGUACAAUUCAAGGACAUUACGAUAGAUAAGAAGCCGACGAUCGAAAUAGAAAAUACCGAUAAUAGGCUUAGCUCGACAUUGGCGCCAUCCGAGACAAGUAUCGAUUUCUCUGUAAAAUCUGGAAAUAUUGGUCGAGACAUGGACUACUUCGCUAAAAAGAAAGCACAGAAGUACGCUACGAGUAACGAUAGCCAGGUAGAAACAUUGCAACAUAAUAGAGCACACUCUCAACUCUAUUCAGGCAUUGGGUCGUCAACUUCGUCCACUAGUGGACCUAGACAACAAUUAGCUGGUAAUUUCUCUUUUCCCCCCUACACACAUUUGCAUCCGCAUCCACACCAGCAAAACUCUUUACCUUCGAGAUAUCCAUCACCACCGUCAUUGCCGUCUGCACAAUCCGGAGAGUCUAUAGGACUUCCUGAUGCACGAUCCUACUGUUUCGAGCCUCCGUAUAGUCCGGGUCCGCAAACGAGUUUUGGUCAUUUGCACACACCCUCCGUAGACUUGCAUUACCACAAACCUCGUGCUCCACCAGUCAGCAUGGCAUACGAUGUGCCAGCAUACACUCAUGGUUACGAAGGUGGUACGUUCCCAAGAAAAAAGGAAAAUCAACGUUUUCGUAUACCGUCCAAUCCUAGUGUUACAUCAAAAAACAGCGUUGGUAAACUUUCGACUGGAAGUAUAGAAAGAACGUCCGAAAGAGGCAGUCCAAUGCCGACCUUUCAUGUAGAGGUUCUCAGUCCUGGAACUGGUAAUGGAAGUAGUACAGGAGGAACCAUCAGGGGAGGCAAUAGUAGCAAGAGAUCGAGCAUGCCAGAUUAUUGUUACUCUCAACCUCGGCCAGCUCCUGGUGAACUACGUAGAGUUCACAUAGACAAAUCGGUCGAACCACUGGGUAUACAAAUUUCUUGUUUGGAAAGUGGAGGAGUUUUCGUUUCCACCGUUAGUGAGCAUAGCUUAGCGUCCCAAGUUGGUCUUCAAAUCGGUGAUCAACUUCUAGAAGUGUGUGGAAUUAAUAUGAGAAGUGCUACCUACCAACUAGCUGCCAAUGUUUUACGCCAGUGUGGUAAUUCCAUAACGAUGUUGGUGCAGUACAGUCCAGACAAGUACAACGAACUUGAAGGAUCGGCAUCGUCAAGUUCUUCGGAAGCUGUUGCUGGAGAAGGUGGCACCAGAAGUGGCUCACCAACACCAUGUAACAGCCCAGAAGUUCCAAGGAAACCUUCGAUCGAACCUUUGGAAAGCACCGAGCCCGAACGCGACACUACUGCUACUACUACCAAUUUACUGAGCGUAAAACGUGCAGAAAGAGAUAUAAGAAAUUCUGCUUCUUUGGAAGUUAGGUCUACGCAAGAAAGAGAACGUGAAAUUCGAAAUUCAGCGUCUUUGGAUAUCAAUAUCAGAAAGCCUGAACUACGUAGUUCAGCUACUCUCGACAACAUGCGUAAUUCCGCCACCCUUGAUUCCUUGCGUGUAACUGGAAGUGCUCUAACACGUGCACAACUUAAUCAAGCUGCCACAACAUUGCAGAGACAGAAUGCGACCGUAAGGAGUCCGACACAGGAAGAACAAAAUCGUAAAAGUCCAACUCCAGGUGAACCAAGAUAUUUAUUCAUUGAAACUAGGAAGUGUUCUAACUUAGGUAUCUCGCUCGUGGGAGGCAAUGGCGUUGGUAUAUUCGUUCAUUCCGUGCAGCCUGGCUGUUUGGCAGAAGAAGCUGGUUUGCGUUCUGGAGAUAGAAUAUUGGAAUACAAUGGUGUAGAUCUGAAGCAAGCAACCGCUGAACAAGCCGCACUCGAAUUAGCUAGACCAGCUGAUAAAGUGACCUUAAUAGCUCAAUAUUUACCACAGCGAUACAAUGAUGUCAAGGAUAAACCUGGUGAUAGUUUUUAUAUUAAAGCGAUGUUUGAUCGAGUUGGAGACGUAGGAGACAGUUUGCAACUUCACUUCAACAAGGAUGAUAUUUUGUAUGUGGAUAAUACUAUGUUCAAUGGUACACCAGGUAAUUGGAGAGCUUGGAUGGUUGACCAAACUGGUAGGCGCCAAACUUGUGGCAUAAUUCCAAGCAAAUUCAAAAUCGAAGAAGAAUUACUUUUACGUCGAUCCUUAGGGGACAUAGAAACGGACGCAGGCAGGCGCGGUACAACAAGUGCACGUAGAAGUUUCUUUCGCCGAAAAAAGCAUCAACGUUCGUCUAGUAGAGAUAGUAAGGAACUAUCUCAUAUUACUGGAGUAAAUAUGGGAUGGUAUAGUGACAGUGGAACAUUGAAUGAAGAAAGCCUUCCAGCCAGUUAUCAACGAGUCGAAAGGCUCGAUUAUCCAGCUUUGAGACCUGUACUGAUAAUUGGUCCCUUGAGCGAAUGCGUUGUGACAAAAUUAUUACAGGAAUUUCCUGGACAAUUCACAAGAUGCCUGGCAGAAGCUAUGCAUUGUUCUCAAGCUACCCUUGAGCAAGGUUUAAGAGAUUCCCUUUAUGUGGAUUACAGGAAGAAAGGAAGUUAUUUCGAAUGUACCACCGUUCAAGCUGUCAAAGAUAUUUGCGAAAAGAACACACAUUGUAUCUUGGAUAUAUCAAUCGCUUCUAUCGAACGACUUCAUAGACAUCAGAUCUAUCCAAUAGUCUUAUUGAUCAAAUUUAAGAGCACUAAGCAAAUAAAGGAGGUAAAAGACUCAAGAUAUCCUAGUGAUAAAGUCAGCGCCAAGGCUGCUAAAGAAAUGUAUGAACAGGCACUCAAGUUGGAAGCUGAAUAUAGGCAUUUUAUUUCUGCUGUUAUUCCAGCAGGAGUGAAUGUAGCCUAUAUAUGCACACAAGUUAAGGGGGCCGUUGAUGAAGAACAAAGUAAAGCACUUUGGGUUCCACGAGGACUUCCCUGACAUCAAAGGGGGGGUCCCCGUAAACCACAGUGGAAAUCAAUAUAAUUCCACCAGGGGGCCCUUACGUCGUGCAUACUUAAAAAGUUAUGCUUUCCAAAUAUUGUUUUUUUGGUCUUUUACCGGAGAAAAUACAGAUUUUUUGAAACUUGUUCUCAAAGAUUUUGUUAUAUAUAUAUUUAUAAAUAUAUAUAUAUAUUUAUAAAUAUAUAUAUAUAUAUAUAUGUCCCACAGAUUUAUAUUUCAUUAAUAGAAGAAAAAGUAUUAUUGAUUAGUUUUUUCCUCUCUGUUUCUUAUUAGAUUCAACAUCAGGAUAGAUGUAAAUAGAUCCUAAUUUUUUAUUACUUUAUAAUACAAAUUAGGAAAAUAAUGAAAUCAUAAAAUGGGACACUUUGUUUGAUUAAUUAUGUUAGUUUUAAUUGAUUUGAAAAUGUAUGGAAAAGAUUAAUUGAAUCGAUCUGUUGGAAUGAUUAAUUGGAAUUUAAAUUGAGAGGAUUAAUUGGAUAAAAUAUUUGUGGAAUAUUGUCAGACCAUAGGCGAAAUUUGAUAUCCGUCGUACCGUGGCCCGCUGAUGGAUGAAUAUCGAUCAGACACAUAAUCGUUUAGUUAAAAAAUCAACUGUUGCCGUGCCUGCACUUGUUAUUAUAAACUCUUCAAACCAAUUUUAAUAUCUCGAGUAGACAAGAUUGAUUGACAAAAUGAACUUUUAUAGUUCAUGGUAAAGCUGUACAAACAACAUGAUAUUUUUCAAUGUUGAAAAAGAGAUACUUAUUUGUAUAUAAUUUAUCUAAACCAGGUAAUACAUUUUCUUAUUAAGUUUUAGUUGAUAAACAAAACAUAGUGUUAGAUUAUAUUAUAAUGAUUUUUUUAUAUUUAUACGCGUGUGAAAAUUAUCGCAAAUAUCUUUGCAAUUGGUUAUAGUUUCAAGAAAGUUUAAUGAAAACUAUUUUCACUGUUUUGAGUCAAUUAUAAAAUGCGUGUUAAAUUUUUACUAUAUUGUAAUUUAUAUUUCAUGCUAUAUAAAUAUUUUAUUUACUUAUCAAAAACACAGCGAUGCCUCGUUUACAACGGCCUUAGUUAACGAUUCUUAAUUAUGUGAUCUUAUUAUGUAAUUAUAUGUUAUAUAAUUAUUAUUAUGUAAUUAUAUAAUUAUGUGAUUCUUCAUUAUACAAUCCGAUCUAAAACAUUAGAAUUUUUUGAUCGUACACAGCCACGUUGUCAAAUCACGCCUUUGAUGACAGUAAUCCUAAGAAUGAUUAUCGUUCAAAUCAAGGCAAGGCAUCACUGUAUUUGUAAAUUUUUGCAAGUUGAUAGUUUGUAAUCCUGAUUUCAAGUUUGACGACAAUUUUUUCAUAUUGGCUAAUGAAAAAUUGACUAACUUAAUUAUUAAGUUUUCGAUUGUCGCAUAAGCAAUGCAAAAUAUUGAAAACAAUUAUAUAUAUUAUAUAAUUAUAGAAGGAUAACUUUUUGUUGAUAAACUUUUUUUAUAACUGCAACCAGUUAUAAGAUAUUUACUCGGAAAUAUAUGAACAGGAGAAACUCUAAAUAUACAUAUAUGAAUAUAUACAAGAUAUCCCGAAAGGUAUGAAUCGAACUUAUAUUACGUGUUAAUGAGAUAAAAUAGGUAAAUAAACUUAUGACCAAAAAAGCUUUAUUUAAGAGUUUCAAGGAUUUUCUAGAGAAAGUCGUUUUUAAGACUUAUUGUACAAAUGACAAGCAAUCACAAAUAAUUAUCAUUGACAGUUAGAUAGAGUUAUACAUAAGAAGACAAAGUGCCACUUUUUACAAAAUUGAGUUAUUACUGCCAUUUGUUAACACUAAACCUACCACGCGUGGUCAAAUUGACCACGUCCGAUAAUUCGUAAAAAUGUGGUAAUUUGUAUGAAUCUUGUAAUUUGUAAAAAAAUGUAGUGUAAAAACGCAUAAAAUUUAUAUUAUUUAUUUCUAAAUAAAAGAAAAUAUAUUGUUCACUAUCCAAUUGGCUAAAAUCUCAUCCUAUAUUAAAAUAAAUGUUAUUUUUUAAAGAGAUCAUUUGAUCGCUCACAGUAGGAAUAAAUAUACAUAAAUACGUCGGUAGGUUUAGUGUUAAAAAAACCUAUUUACCUUUUGAGAUACCCUGCAUAUAUAUAUAUAUAUAUAUAUCACACACACAUUUUUAUUAGUUUAUUGUUUAGAUACAUGUUGUUAAGUACGUAUUGUUACUGAGUUGGUUUGGAGAGUUAAAAGUUAUAAAUUGUUGAAGCAAGGAAUUGAUAAUAGAAACAGUCAAUGGAAUUGAAAUAACACUCAGUUCCUGCUAUCGAAUUGUAAAUACCUCGUAGGAAACAAUAGGCAUUGGUUAUAGAAAUGAACAGCAUAUUAAAACUCCUCCGUCACUUUUUAAACGAUUGCAAAAAGAAAAAUAGAAAAAAAAACUAAUAAAAUUGUCAAAUCUUUGUUGCAUUGUCAAAAUGUGAUAAAAUUUUAAGUCAUAUUAUGUGAUUUCUAAUUUGACGAAAAGACAUUUUAUUUCUAAAGUUCAUUUUGUAUUUCGGAAUUUGUAGAUUCGUCAAAAUGUGAUAAAUUUGUAAGUCAUAUUAUGUUAUUUUUAUUAGACGAAAAGACUUUUAGUUCCAAAAUUUUUUUUUUAAUUUAAAAGUUUUUGAAUCGUGAAAAUGUGAUAAAUUUGUAGCUCGUAUUAUGCUAUUAUUAUUGAACAAAAAGAUAUUUUACGUCGAAAGUCUUUUUUUAUUUCGGAUGAGCUUUAAUUGAUAGUUUAUAGCUUUAUUUUAGAAUUUUAAUCCAAUUCUAAAAUAAUCAAUAAUUAUGUAAUAGUUUUAUUGGUAUUUCCUUUUUAAGAUAUGUUAACAUAUUAGGUUUAUAUUAUUAUGAUGUUUUUAACGAGCUUAAGAUGCAAGAUUAAUUUUAAAUACAAGUGAUAAUUAUUUAAGUAUAUUUUAUGUAUAAUGUAAUUGUGCAGUACUGAAAUAUCUAAAUCCAGAUGAAAUUGAUACAAAGAUAUUUUUUCAUCGUUAUAUAUUUGAUUUAUAAAUGUCAAGCUAAAGGUAUAUUAAAUUAAUUAAUUUAUUUAUUAUUUACUAAUUUUAUUUUUUACAAAAUGUUUAUCUGUAUCAAUUGAAAUAUUCUGGAUAUAGAUAAAACCUUCGUCCGUUUUAAAUUUAACGAUACGUAAUCGAUUAUUUAAAAACGCAAACAUCUGUGUGUACACAUAACUAUUUCAAUCGAAGGCUAGCAUUUCUUAAAAAAUUAAUGGUUGUUGAUUGUUAUCGCUAUUCACGGGCCGCGAAAUUUAUUUUUUCUUCAUCGAUAAAAAAAACUAUUUAAAAGAAAUUAUUUUUCUAUAACAUAUUUUGAGCGGUUCGAAUCUUCUUGAAAUCGAAGAAUAUAUAUGUAUUAUCUCGACAAAAAUAUUGUUUAAAAUAAUUAAUUGCAAAUCGUAUGCAACAUAUGAAAGUAAAGAAAUUAAAAACAAAAUAUAAAUUAGAUAUUGAUAUUACGUGAUAUUGAUUUACGUAAAAUUUAGUUUUUUGACAAGACAAUAUUUAGGCAUAAGUUACAACAAACGAGACCAAAAAUUACAAGAAUAUUUAAAACUAAUUCAUAAGAAUAAUAAUUACAUUUAUUCUUAUUAUAGAGCCAAGAAACUUAACAGAGUUAGAUAUACUUUUUGAUACAAAAGCGAAAUGAUCAAUUAUCAAUGUAUAAUUUCGCUAUAAAGCUUAUUUGGAAUUUUAAAUGAAUUAAGGGCCAAGUAUUUUAUCCAAAGGAAAAAUAGUGACGAGUAUUUUCGCUUUAGCUUUUAUAAUUGAAAGACUCUUUAAACACGGACAAUCUAAAAAUUAAAUUUAAGUAUAUUUGCAUAAAAAAUAAUUUGAUAAAAAAUGAUGGCUCUUUCAAGCAUAAUUAUUUUACUUUUAUUCCAUUUUUUUCUUUAAACCUUAUCAAAAAUUAAAUUAUGUUUGAUUAAGAUUUUAUUGCAAGAAGUCAACAACAAAAAAAAAAAAGCUUGCUUUCCCUCGUAUUUUAACUUCGGUUUCAAGUUUAGCUCAAAUAUGUGCCUCGCUAAAAAUCACAUUUUCCUUGUCUUUCGAUAUAAAAAAAAAGAAAUAAAUAAAUAAUAAUAAGAAAAAAGGAAGAAAUAAAUGAAUCGAGGGCUAAGCGAAGCGCAAAAUAGUAUCAAAGAAGAAAAAAGAAGGAUAACGUGUGAUUAUGAUUAUUCUCGAUCACAGUACUGUGAUAUGUAUAAGAUUACUAUUUCGACGACAUAUCAACUUAACAAUUCUUCUAUACGUACAUACAGGGUAUUUCGAAAAA